AUGCACCACCAACAACCAUUGGUCAACAUCUUCGAGGCAUCUCUGUAUUACGAUUACACCAGCCCAGAAGACACGCUGGGUUUAUCUUUGGCCGGCGAUCCCCACGCGCCAGUGCCCGUUUCCCCGUUCACAUUAAACGACUGUGAGGAAGCUGGGGAGGUCGCUACCUCUCCCGGUGCGGACACUGAUUUAAGCCCUUACCAGCCGCUCAGGAUCAUGACUCCGAGCGGACUACUUAAGGAUCGCUUAUUUCAUCAUUUCAUAAAUACCCUUUCCCUCAGUUUGUAUCCUGUGGAACCGGUCCGAAACCCAUAUAGAAAAGUGUAUGGGUCGCUCGCAAUCGAAUGUAAACCAUUGCUGGACACCAUCUUAUUUGCGUCCGGUUUGCAUCUCUCCAAACUAGGACAUCUGGAAAAUGACACGCUGAAAGAAUUUCGAAUGGAAAUCAAGAGCUCGUUCCGAGAAGCCUUGAAAAGGGGCCGAGGGUUUUGGGCCCUCGGAUUGACCGUGAUGCUCUCGAUUAUAUUCGAUGUGAUCGGGACAGGACUCGAUUCGUGGAGCUUGAAACUUAUUGGCUGCAGGCGGCUGUUGAAACUCGGGCUAGCCGAGGCAAUGGGCGAUGUCGAAACAGACAAGAAAUGCGUACUGAUGCAGUUCAACUGGAUGGCAACAAUGGGCCGGACGCUACUUCUUGGCAUUGAGCCGCUGGAAUCACUCGAGGAAAUCAAGUGCAUCGACGGAGAUGAGGUUUGUGAGAAAUCAGGAGGAACGAUCGACAUGUCUUUUCAUCAGUCUUACUGGUGGGCUAAUAUGCCUGACUGGAAGAUGCACAUGCUUCUACGUGAAUCUGCUGAUCUUGCUGUGAAAAUUCACAAAAUCAGGAUGGUUGGCGGUAGCACUGAUCAGCUUCUGUCCGCCACCUUGAAUGUAGCUGAACUUUUGGAUAAAAUCAAGAAUUGGCACCCUGACAUGUCGUCUGUCUCGUCUGAAUACAUGAACUCGGUUCAUCACUUUAACGAGAUAUGGAGGCUCGGCCUGCUGUGCUACAUAUAUCACGACAUCUAUGCUCUCAGUUCGGAUGAUCACCGAAUACAGGACGUGUUAAAGAAGUCGCUAGAAAGUUUGCAGAAUUUAUCAUGGCUCCAAGCAUGCAUGUGGCCUGUUUUCAUGCUCGCAGUCCACGCUAAGACUGUAGAGAGCAGAGAUAUAUAUCGGGAUGGGCUGAUGAGAAUGCACACCUCUCUAGGCUUUCAAGCACCUCUGUCUUUGGUCCUCGUUCUGAACAAGAUCUGGGACUGUAUUGAUGAAAGGGGCUGGAGGCCAUGGAAGGAUGUGGUGAAAGAAUUGGGUCUGGAAUUGAAUAUCUUGCUAUAG